AUGGGUUUAGCAGCAACAAGAGUAAAACAAAGAUUUGGUAGAGAUCCAAGAAAUACCAAUUGGAGUAAUGAUACAUCUAGAUUUGGUCAUCAACAAUUAGAACGAUUUGGCUGGAAACCGGGUAUGGGACUUGGUAUGUCACCAAUGCAUUCUCACACUUCUCAUAUUAAAGUACAUAUUAAAGAUGAUAAUGUAGGGCUUGGUGCCAAGAUAUCAAGACAAGAACGUAAAGAUGAGUUCGAUAAUGGUGAAUGUGCAGGUCUUGAUGUAUUCCAAAGAAUUUUAGGUCGUUUAAAUGGUAAAGAACAAGAAAUUGAAAAAGAAUUGGAUUUACAAAGAAAGGAAAAAAUUUUAGAUGGGAAAUGGGGGGUACAUUUUAUUAAAGCUGAUGUAUUAGCAAGUACAUGGGAUCCAAAGACUAAAAAAAUAAAAUCAUAUUCAAAUAAGAAAGAAACCCCAGAUGAAAAAUCAAAGAAAAAAAAUAGAAAGAGAAGUCGUAAAGAUAGUGGUGAUGAUGAUGACGAUGAUGAAAAGCAUCAUAAGAAACAUAAGCAUAGUGAUAAGAAGAAAGCAAAGAAAGAAGCCAAAAAGGCUAAGAAAGAAGCAAAGAAAGCUGAGAAAGCUGCUAAGAAGGCCACUAAGAAAGCAUUGAAGCUGAAAUCAAGUAAAACUGCAUCAAAUAUUCCAACAGCUAUAACGACAAGAUUAUCAGUACGUUCAAAAUGGAUUAAACAAAAACGUGCAGCUGUUAUGGAUUCAAAAGCUUUGAAUGAAAUUUUCAUGAUAAAGGACGAAUGA